AUGUUUUCAGCUUUGAAGAAGUUAGUUGGUUCUGAACCAGGCCAGCCGAGGGACAAGAACAUCCCUGCUGGCAUGCAGUCCAUGAACCAGAGUUUACAGAGACGCUUUGCCAAAGGAGUACAAUACAACAGUAAGUGAUGCAUAUUUUGUUAUGCUUAUAGCAAUAUGUAUUAUAGAAUAUAGGCUAUUGUACAUAUAUUUAGAGGUAGGCUAGUCAUACUUUGUUUCGUUAUUUCUCCGAAGUGAAAAUAGUUAUCCGCGGAGACCGAAAUACUGGCAAGAGCACUCUAUGGCAUCGACUGCAAGGAAAGAAAUUCACGGAUGACUACAUACCCACUCAAGAGAUCCAGGCGACCAGCAUCCAUUGGAACUACAAA